AGACAAGAAGGAGAAGCUGCAGCUGUCUUUGGGCUUUGGUCUGGACGCACUUUUACUGCAGCCUGCAGGAGCUCACAGCCUCAGGAGGGACAAAGAAACUCCAACCAAAAUAUGGCCACCCAGUGUUUGCCCUGCUGCACUGUCAUACUGUUAGUGCUAUUAGAACUGGCUGUUGCCCAGUAUGAACACCUCGGCUACCCUCCGGGGUACCCCGAACCUGAACAGGAGCAGUACACCGCCCCGCAGCUGUCAGCAGACACGCCAAGGAUUCAGCUCCGAUUGGCGGGAGAUAAGAGGAAACACAACGAGGGUCGCGUAGAAGUUUUCUACAACAACGAAUGGGGCACUGUCUGCGAUGAUGACUUCACUAUCCAUGCAGCCCAGGUGGUGUGCAGGGAGCUGGGUUACCUGGAAGCCAUCUCAUGGUCACCAUCCUCAAAAUAUGGGAAAGGACAAGGACCCAUCUGGUUUGACAAUCUCCACUGCACUGGCAAAGAAAAGACCUUGGCGCUGUGUCCCUCCAAUGGAAUCGGUGUUUCAGACUGCAAACACAGUGAAGAUGUAGGCGUUGUGUGCAGUGACAAGAGAAUCCCUGGAUUUAAAUUUGUCAACACCCUGCCCAACCAUGUGGAGAGCCUUGACAUUCAAGUGGAGGACGUGCGUAUACGAGCCAUCCUGUCAUCGUACCGAAAGCGGAUCCCUGUAACAGAGGGCUAUGUGGAGGUCAAGGAUGGCGGUAAAUGGAAGCAGAUUUGUAACGCAGAGUGGACCCAGCUUAAUGGCAGAGUCAUCUGUGGCAUGUUUGGCUUCCCCGGGGAGAGGAAGUACAAUGCCAGAGUUUACAAGAUGUUUGCUCGCCGGAGAAAGCCUACAUACUGGGACUAUUCUGUGAACUGCACUGGCAAUGAAGCCCAUUUGUCCAGCUGUAAACUGGGCCAGGCUUCAUCACUGAAGUCCAAUGAGACCUGUGCUGGAGGGUUGCCUGUUGUGGUGAGCUGUGUGCCCGGCAGAGACUUUGCUCCAACGCCAAUGACGGGAUUCAGGAAGGCCUUCAGACAGGAGCAACCACUGGUUCGUCUUCGUGGUGGGGCCAUCGUAGGCGAGGGCCGAGUGGAGGUGUUGAAAAAUGGAGAGUGGGGCACCAUAUGUGAUGAUAACUGGAACCUGCUGUCUGCCACCGUGGUGUGUCGAGAGCUGGGCUUCGGUACGGCCAUAGAGGCCUUGUCUGGAGGUCGCCUGGGACAAGGUAUGGGCCCUGUGCAUAUGAAUGAGGUGGAGUGCUCUGGAUUUGAGAAGUCCAUCACAGAGUGCUUCUUCAACAAGGAGGCUAUUGGUUGCAGCCAUGAGGAGGAUGCAGCCGUUAGAUGUAACGUUCCUGCUAUGGGCUUCCAGGAGUCGCUGCGCCUGAGUGGAGGUCGUAACCCCUAUGAGGGCCGUGUGGAAGUGCUGAUGGAGAGGAACGGUUCUCUGGUGUGGGGGACGGUGUGCAGUGAAGGCUGGGGAACCAUGGAGGCCAUGGUGGUUUGCAGACAGCUGGGCCUGGGCUUCGCCAGCAACGCUUUCCAGGAGACUUGGUAUUGGCCAGGAGAGGUGACUGCUGACGCUGUGGUGAUGAGUGGCGUUCGCUGCUCUGGUACUGAGAUGUCUCUGUCCCACUGCCUGCACCACGGAGCCCACCUCAGCUGCCCUAGGGGAGGUGGACGCAAUGCCGCUGGAGUCUCCUGCUCUGAGACGGCUCCUGACCUGGUGUUGAACCCUCAGGUGGUGGAGCAGACCACCUACAUGGAGGACAGGCCCAUGUUCAUGCUGCAGUGUGCGUUUGAGGAGAAUUGUCUGUCCUCCACCUCCAGCCAGGUGCCGGCCAACUCCUAUCGCCGCCUGCUGCGCUUCUCAUCCCAGAUCCACAACAACGGCCAGUCUGACUUCCGGCCCAAAGCUGGCAGGCACUCCUGGGUGUGGCAUGACUGUCACAGGCAUUAUCACAGCAUGGAGGUGUUUACGCUCUAUGACCUGUUCAGCCUCAAUGGAACCAAAGUGGCAGAAGGACACAAAGCAAGUUUUUGCCUGGAGGACUCAGAGUGUGAUGAAGGUAUUGAAAAGAGGUACGAAUGUGCUAACUUUGGAGAUCAGGGGAUCACUGUGGGCUGCUGGGAUACCUACAGGCACGACAUCGACUGCCAGUGGAUUGACAUAACUGAACUCAAACCUGGAGAUUACAUUUUCCAGAUAGUAAUUAACCCAAACUAUGAGGUACCGGAGACAGACUACUCAAAUAACAUACUGAAAUGCAGAUGUCGAUAUGAUGGCCAUCGUGUGUGGAUGUACAGCUGCCAUAAUGGUGGCUCAUUAAGCAUCGAAACAGAACAGACGUUCCCAGGGCUCCUCAACAACCAGGUGACCCACAGGUAAAGACAAAGCAGAGGAGAUGAGUCGACUGGCAGUCCCCCUUCCUGCAGGAAGGCCAUCUGAAACCCACCAACCACUCCGCAUCUCCAUCUGUGGUGGAUUCCCCCUGUCAGCCCUGCCCUGGUCAAAAUAUCUUGUUACAUUUCCCCUUCUGUUAGGAAGAGCCCUCCUUCCCCCACGGCUGAAAAAGUAUUGUUUUCCCCCUCCGGUCCAAACAGAGGCAGCUACAGCCUUACCAACACUUCCAUGUUAAGAACAAAAGAUUGGUGAUGCUAUCCUUGUGCCUUGUAACUUUUUUCUUUUAAAUGAGUGAUGAAAUAAACCUGCCGGGAAGUGGCAGGUAUUUUACACAAGCUGCAGUGUUGGGGAAUGUCAUCAAGACUGUGUCCUCUUUGAAGUGCAGCACUUUAACAGAACCCUGCUGCAACACUUUUUGUUCAAAGCUUCCCUGUCAGUGGCAGGUCGCCUGAGGAUUGAGAGGAACCGUGGAUAACAAUAGCAGUGGUCUGUCUUUGGAAAUAAAGUCAGUGUUCUUCCACUUUUCAUAAAGUGCCUCUUACACACAUACACUGAGUUUAUGUUCCACAGACAAACUGAGCAUUUCUGUUGCAUGUCAGUUAUUCAAGCUGAAGUUUCACAUCUUAAUUGAGGAGUUUACAAAUCAAGUUGCGGCACAAACAAGUCCUCAAAAAGCAAACAGCCCAUUCAUCACAAAUUAAAAGUGCUAAUUGCUUGAUUCAGCUGUAAAACUAAUCCAGCGAGGCUGAACUAUCACAUACUGAGACGCCUCAGAGUGCCCCAAAGCCUUCUUUUAAAUAACUGGAGCAUAUAUUCUCUCAAAUUGCUCUACACGAACAAGGACUGUAGUCUUUGCAUCAAAUCUGAUUAGGCCACAUUUCAAAGAGGAGUCGCACUAUCAUCCUUUGUGAGCACUGGUGUCCCAGUGUGUGUUGGAAGCAAUCUCAGUUAGUCUAGAAAUCAUUUAAGCAAAUUUUACCCACAGAUUUACCUAUAAUUUACACUAUAGUAUGCAUUACCUAAGAGGUUUUAGUUUUGACCAGCACUGAUAGUAGUUUUCCAGUUACUGUGCAAAAUUGACAACAACAAAAAAAAAAAAAAUACUGAUUUAGAACUGGGUUAUGUCCUCCCUUUGGUAACUUUGAGAUUGAUGUCAGCUUCCAGACACUGUCUUGUUCUGAUAUAUCCAUAAUUCUUUUUAUGAUAUGUAGCAAUAUUUUGCUUUUGAAGCUAAUAUAUCUACGUUUUUUCUCUCCCCGUUCAGUGCCUUUAUAAAACACUCAGAUUCAUUACACCCACCAUCUUUAAAGACCAAUUUAAUACCACUUAGAAAUCUAGUUUUUUAUAACUUAAAGUCCAGCCGAAAAUAAAUUGCCUGCUUUACAGCCUACCGAUCCACUCUGUAGGUUCCUGUUUUAUAGUCUGCUUUUAGGACGACAUAGCCAGUCUGUGCCAUUGGUUCUUUGUCUCGUCUUCUGUCAUCUAACUGCACAAAGGCCUGGUCACAGCAGCAUUUAAAACAGCUCCAUUUUGCUGCAGUUUCCAAUCAUUCCAAUUAAAUCAUUGUAAUUAGUGUAUCCUUUCGCUGGUGCAAAGUAGAUGAGUGCAAAUUGUGCAAAAGCUAUCGUUGCUAAUCAGCUGUGUUGCACCAUCAACUUUUAUUUAACCUGCUCUGUUCGAGUAAAACUGUUCCACAAAAGAGGAGACAUUUAUGAGACAGGAAGUGAUGGUAGGCCUACAAAUGUGUCUUUCGAAAAAACUGCGUGAAGUUUUUAUCCUGCUUAUGAUCGAGCUAAGCUAACAAGAUUUUGAGUUUGAUAACUGAUCUUUUGCAAGUUUCUGGGGAACAUGGGACCCUGUGUCAAGUUCCCAUUAUGUACUAUAUAAAUCUGGGAAACAAAGAACCUUGUAAACAUAGGAGUCUUGGCGAGUACAUAUGUAGGUCUGGGGAACAAAGGACCCUGGGAACAUGGACUCAGGGAGCACUGGAAUUACCCUACUAGCACCAGCCCAGAUAGCUAGCGCUUUAAUGUCUCACCAGGCAACCACAGCAAUUUACCAACUAGCCCUGAUACUAUAGUCACUACAUCACUACUAGAGCCAAAUAUUAUGCAAAGCCACAUGAAUAUAUUCUGCUGUACCAUUUUCUAGUUGUGACCAGGCCUUAAAGCAGAAACACACUGUUGUAUCAGAGGCUGAGUAACAGCCAGAUAGCAGUCUGAGACACAACAUAAAAGAGGACAAACUUUGAACCAUCUCACAUUAACUUUCAAGCUAUCAUAUUCUAAUAUCUUCUUCAUAUCUACUGUACAAGAAGGUAGCUUAACUUAGCUGAAAGAGCUACCAACCAUUGCGGGGUAGAUAGCUAAUUAGCUAGUCAGCUGUAGCACAUGGUAGGCUACCAGCAACACUGCCAACAAAUUUCUGUCUGACCUUUGCUUGUAAGCUAGCAGUCAAAGACACGCACUCAUAGUCUUGAAGGCUUAAGAGCUUUUUUAAUGUUUGUCAAAAGGGCUAUUUUCUUCCUUUGAAUAAUAAAAAUAUCAAUGAUUCAUUGAAAAAUUGCUCUGAACUUUUCUUUAAGACACAUGAGUGUAUGUGUUACUGAAAUGUGUCUUAAGUCUUCCACAGCCAGUGGCACGCUGUUGGUUCUACAUGAGGAUCAUAGGACUGUUCUACAGUAUCAUGCUUUCACAUACAGGAAGGUUUCAGCCGUUAUUUGUUGCCUUUACAAGGAAACACAAGAGCACAGGUAUCAUCCUCUCAGAGAAAGCUCAUGGAAUAGCGUUUCUCCCCGUUAAGAGUUGCAGAUAUUAGUUACUGUUACUGAAGUUAGGUUUUUUUUUACAGUUUUAUUCCUCGUUUUAAAAUAAUAUGUUACGUACAAUAAUGUGUGUGUGAAUCCUGUUUUAUUGUACUUUUUUAUAAUGGUGCUAUCAAACUGGUCCUCUGUUUUCUGAGGGUGCAGUACGUGUUGAACAGCUACAUUAUGUAUACUAACAGUAUACUUGAACUGAGAAAUAAAUUGCUUUGUGUGUUAAACUAUAAUAAAGGUCUGAGUUACGGAGCAACCAAA